AUGCAAAGGGCACACAGUGAAGCACCGCUUCAACAAGAAUACUUCGAUAGAUACAGUUCUGGAGCUCCUAUAAACUGGGACAUCGGUCGACCACAGUCCGCUGUGGAACGUCUUGUUCAAAGUGGUUUCUUUUGGGGUCGUGUUCUUGAUGUUGGCUGUGGUUUUGGUGAUAAUGCUCGGUGUAUUGCUCAACAAUCACAACCGAAAAGUCCUAUUCACGUUGUAGCUACUGAUUUCGUGCCUAAGGCAAUUGAAAUGGCCAAGGAACGAACAAAUCAAAGUGAUUUUCCUAAUUUGACCUACAUGGUUUUAGAUGCACUCAAAGAAGAUGAACAAGAUGAUCUGGGACAAUUCGAUUUUGUACUUGAUUCAUGUCUCUUCCAUGGACUGUCCGAUGAAAAUAGACAAAUCUACAUACGUCAACUUCGCCGAUGGUUGAAGCCACAAGGUAUCCAUGUGCAACUAGCAUGGAGUGAAAAGGAAACAUUGGAUCGACCACGUGGUCCACGAAAAAUCACGAAAGCGGAACUUCAACAAUGGUUCUCUGUCGAUAAUGGAUGGCAGAUUCAAACCAUUACCGAUGAAAUCAUUGAUAAUAUUCCUGCUCUCAUGGGUGGACGUUCAAUUGCAUAUCUCUCAAUAAUCCAAAAACUAUGA